AUGACGUUCCUAACCGAGAUUGCUCAGGUUGCAGGGAGUGAGCACAGGCUGCACAUGGGAGCUCAGGAGCAGGACCUUGAACUGCUCAGAGUCUGUUCACAUUUCAUGGUGACCCUGGGUUUGAACUUGCCCCCCGAUGUGGGGUCUUCAGUAGGAGGCGCUGCAAAGAAGCAACGGGGAAUUCUGGAGUUUAUCAGCCUGGCUGUGGGUCUGAUCAGCAUCCGUGGUGUGGAUUCUGGCCUAUACCUAGGAAUGAACGAGAGAGGAGAGCUAUAUGGAUCGAAAAAACUCACACGCGAAUGUGUUUUCCGGGAACAGUUUGAAGAGAACUGGUACAACACCUAUGCUUCCACCUUGUACAAACACAUGGACUCAGAGAGACAGUAUUAUGUGGCCCUGAAUAAAGACGGCUCACCCCGGGAGGGAUACAGAACUAAACGACACCAGAAAUUCACUCACUUUUUACCCAGGCCAGUAGAUCCUUCUAAGUUGCCCUCCAUGUCCAGAGACCUCUUCCGCUAUAGGUAAUAGACCGCCAGUGUGAUCUCUUUGACCCAUGUACUCUGGGGCCACAUUUGUCUCUGCAAGCACUAUACUCAUAGCUUUUCAAUCCUUCCUAUCAGUUUAGAUAACACAGAAGCACUUACUGUUCAACUUGACCCAGCUGGUCCCUUGUUCAAAGUGUAUAUCAAGGUUGGGUUAUUUUGGGGAGGGACGUGGGAGGAGGGGUGGGCCCAAGGGAAUCUUGUAUAUACUUUUUUUUUACUCAUAUUCUAGUGCGUGGAGGUGGCACAACAGAGAACAGGGACCUCUGCCAAGGCUAGGGGUAUACUGCCCAACAAUCUACCCAAAUACCUUUUGACAAUGGGUACAAAUGAAAGACCAAGGAAUCUGCCAUACACGCUACUUACAGAUCUUUGGAAGUCUCAUUAAGGAGAUCCUUGGGGCUCCAGCCCUGCUGCAAGCCAUCCCCACAUUGGCUCUGCAGAUUUCUCAUUCGUCCUGACAUGCAGUUUUCCUGCCAUUGGAAGUGAAAGACGGGGUAGGUUAUAAUAAAAUGAUAUUAAAAUGUAAGCAUGGA